CCGACAGCCAGCUUUUUAUACACGAACUAGCUUUAAGCUUUGCACACAGUUUAUCCACCGCUACACAGAUAAUGAACCGCAAGAAUAAUGUUCCGUUCGACCCUUCUGCGGCAUCUACAGGAGCCGUUCCAGGAUACAAACCGUUGCUGCCCGGAAGAGUUCCUCAAGGCUUCAUGGAGGCUAUGAAACGCAUAUCAGCACCUGACAUGGCUUCAAAGUCCCAACCAGCCCAGAAAGCUCAGUCCUCUGCGGUGAAAUGGAAGUCUUCAUUCCAGCCGAUUGACAAACAAGAUGGCGACUCUCAGGAGAAAAGCACGAGCAGCUCAGAGAGGACCGAACUCUAUGACCCCUGCAGCCCGCUGUCGUCAGAUUCUGAGCCUGAGGUGUCAAAAAGUCAAGAGUGCCACAGCCAGGACAACAACCUGGAGCAUCAACGCUUGUCUCCAGUCAGAGGCUCACGCUGGGACGUGCCAUACUCUGAAUCAGCGAACCGAGCCCGCAGCAGACGUGAGUUCAGCACCGAAACCAGACCCGCAGAGAAUCGAGGUCUCAGUCCAGGACAACGACGAGCUUACAGCCCAGACGCCGAAUCACUUAAUCGUCCAGGUUAUGGCCCCGUGAGUGGACCCGCGGGCCACAGAGGCUGCAGCCCUGACAGGCUUAUUCACGCCUCCUCCACCCAGCUGUCCCCGGUAUCUUACGGAGGACAGAGGACGGGGGAGGAGAGGAUGACGAUGCCAGAAUACAGGAGAGAGAUGAGCACUACUGUCAGAUUGUCUCCACCCAGGUUAAAGCGGGACUAUCAACAUAGCACAGCGUAUGCAGAAGCAGGACUGGACCAAGACCCACCUGCUGCAAAGGUGUCGAGGAAUAAGAGCACAUCUGUAGUGAGGGACAAGCGCCCCAUCACAUGCGACCUUUGUGAGGUUGAGCUGGCAAACGGGAAGGAGCUGGAGGAUCACUUAGACAGUAAAAGUCACUGGGACACUCUGGAGCACAUUCAGCAGAACAAUAGUUACGAUGAUAUGGCUAUUGCCUUCCUCCAGGAAGUCAUGCUGUAUAAAAGCCAGCACUGCAGCCGACCCAUAGAGGACAGUGCACUGCAAGCCCUGCAGGAGAAUGACCACAUGACACGGGUAGAAAUGUUUCACUGUGCCGCCUGCAAAGUCUUCAUAUCCACAUCUGCAGCCGAGGUGCAGGCGCACAUCACCUCCCAGGAACACCUCUCUAACACCAAGGAGUUCCAAGUGCAGCAGAGACUUACGUGCCUCAGCAAAGCAGAGACCAUGAUGAAGGAGCUGAAACCACAGUUUGAACACUUCCUGAAGGGUGGCAACCCGUUGGAAUGACACAUUUCUCUGUCUCCAAAACAGUGUUUACACGGAGACGCUGCACGCUUCGGUGGAAGAACGACGGACGUCACAACCACACAUUAACGCUGUCAGCGGUGGUGCUGGCUGCUAGCAGAGCAUACUGUUUACCUGCCAUUCAAGACGGGUCUCAAUAAACAAGGAAUUCUUCAGUCUGCUCAAACCA